AAAUGAGCUCCAUCACAACAACAAGUAAUUAACUACUCUUCCUCCCUCCUCGUCACCAAUGGAGAUACCAUCGUCGGCCAUAUACUUGGCCCUUGUCCUAGUUUUCACACUCCUCACAGGCCUCUACCGCGGCCGCCGCCGCCACAAACUCAACCUCCCACCUGGGCCGAGGCCGUGGCCUGUCAUUGGCAACCUCAACCUCAUUGGUCCUCUGCCUUACCGCUCCCUCGCCGCCCUCUCCCAAAAGCACGGCCCACUGAUGCACCUCCGCUUCGGCUCCUUCCCGGUCGUCGUCGGCUCCUCCGUCGACAUGGCCAAGUUCUUCCUCAAGACCCAUGACCUCUCCUUCGUCUCUCGCCCUAAGACCGUCGCCGGCAAGUACACCUUCUACAACCACUCCAACAUCAGCUGGUCGCCUUACGGCCCCUACUGGCGGCAGGCACGCAGGAUCCUCAUAAUGGAGCUCCUCACCCCCAAGAGGCUGGACUCCUACCAAUACAUUCGGGUAGAGGAGGUGCGCGGCCUCCUCCGGGACCUCUUCAGGUCCACAGAGACGCCUGUCCUCCUCAACGACUACAUUUUCACUGUCAACCUCAACAUCAUUAGCCGCAUCGUGUUGGGAAGGAAGUACACGCAGGAGCAGUCGGUGUCGUCGGGGGCGCCCGCGGCGAUCGUCCCGCAGGAGGAGUUCAAGGAGAUGAUCGAGGAGCUGAUGCUGCUCAACGGCGUCAUCAACGUGGGCGACUUGAUACCCUGGCUGAACUUCCUGGACCUGCAGGGCUAUGUGAAGAGGAUGAAGAUGGUGGGCAAGAGGUUCGACAGGUUCCUGGAGCACGUGCUCGACGAGCACAACGAGCGGCGUCGGCGAGAAGGGAAGGCGUUCGUCCCCAGGGACCUGGUGGACGUGCUCUUGGAGUUGGCCGAUGAUCACAGUCUGGAAGUCAAGCUCGAGCGGCAUUGCCUCAAGGCCUUCAUUCUGGACAUGUUCGCCGGCGGCACCGACACCUCCACCGUGACCAUUGAAUGGGCCGUCUCUGAGAUCCUCAAACGACCCGAGACCUUCGACAAGGCAACCGAGGAGCUGGACCGGGUGAUCGGCCGCGGCCGGUGGGUGGAGGAGGAGGACGUGCACCGCCUGCCGUACAUCGAGGCCAUCGUCAAGGAGACCAUGAGGAUUCACCCGGUGGGGCCCCUGCUCGUGCCUCGGCUCUCCCGCGAGCACACCACCGUCGACGGCUACGACAUCCCCGCCGGGACGGGGGUGCUGGUGAACGUGUGGGCCAUCGGGCGCGACCCGGCCGUGUGGGACGCUCCGGAGGAGUUCCGGCCGGAGCGGUUCGUGGGCAGCCCGAUCGACGUGAAGGGACACCACUUCGAGCUGCUGCCGUUCGGGGCGGGUCGGCGGAUGUGCCCCGGGAACAGCCUCGGCCUGAAGAUGGUGCGUCUGAGCCUGGCCAAUCUGCUGCACGGGUUCAAAUGGAGGCUACCGCCGGGGAUGACGGCGGAGGAGCUGAAAAUGGAUGAGAUCUUUGGGCUGACGACGCCGCGGAAGGUGCGGCUCCAGGCCGUGGUCGAGCCAAAGCUUCCGGCUCAUCUCUACGGCGCCUGAUGAUGCUGUGUUUCGGGGGGUGAACAAGUCACAAAUUCCAGCUUUUGCAUGAUAGUAGUAUGUGUUGUGUUAAUUAGUACGUUGAAGGGAAGUUUGCUAUGGUCCAAUAAACUCUACUCUUGAGUUAAAAAUAUUUAUAUAUGUAUGUAAUAAUUUUAGAUAAGUAAAGUACUCUUGCAAAAUUUCUAAUGCAUUUUCCAUAUGAGCA